CAUGGAGCAAAAUGCUGUCCUUCUAUCUAUGUUAGCCUAACCCUAACCCUAACCCUAACCGUACCAAUUCGUCUUGUAUUCCUGCUGCAUCUGCAACUGAAACGCGGCGCGUCGCUGUGCUGCGAACUCGGUAAUCCAUCAUGGGUAAGGUCCACGGAUCGUUGGCUCGUGCUGGCAAAGUGCGAGGCCAAACACCAAAAGUAGCCAAACAAGACAAAAAGAAGAAGCCUAGAGGCCGUGCGCAUAAGCGAAUGCAGUAUAACAGACGUUUCGUCACUGCUGUUGUCGGCUUCGGGAAAAAGCGAGGACCAAACUCUUCGGAGAAGUAACCAAAGGCUUGAAGGAGGAAGAUGGCUUCUAUUUUCUUUUAAAGCGUGUUAUUAUUAGCUUAGAUUAUGUAUUAAGAUGAUGAUUUUGAAUCUCUGAUCAGGUUCUAUGAACGAUUUUUUUGUUUGUUAAUUUACAGUGAAAUACACUAGUGUUUUUGCUUAAGCUUUUCCGAUAACGGCGAAGACGAAUGCAAGGGGAUGGGGACAGUUUCUGUUUGAA